UUAGCAGCAAACAAGUUGGCAUUAUGUUCGUUUUCUGCUAGGUUAGAAUUAAAUAACACAACAAAAACAAUGCAAAAGUAUGAGAAACUAGAGAAAAUCGGAGAAGGGACGUAUGGAACCGUAUUUAAAGCAAAGAAUAGAGAAAGCCACGAAAUUGUAGCGCUUAAACGAGUACGAUUAGACGACGACGAUGAAGGUGUACCCUCUUCUGCUUUACGAGAGAUUUGUUUAUUAAAGGAAUUAAAGCAUAAAAACAUCGUUCGUCUUUACGAUGUUUUGCACAGUGACAAAAAGCUAACGCUGGUUUUCGAACAUUGCGAUCAAGAUCUAAAGAAGUACUUCGACAGUCUAAAUGGUGACAUAGAUUUGGACGUCGUUAAAUCGUUCAUGUUCCAAUUAUUGCGAGGUUUAGCAUUUUGCCAUAGUCACAAUGUCCUUCACAGGGAUUUAAAGCCUCAAAAUUUAUUGAUCAACAAAAAUGGCGAACUUAAACUUGCCGAUUUUGGUUUAGCUAGAGCGUUCGGUAUUCCAGUCAAGUGUUACUCCGCCGAAGUUGUUACCUUAUGGUAUAGGCCGCCAGAUGUUUUGUUUGGGGCGAAAUUAUACACAACUUCCAUUGAUAUGUGGUCGGCAGGGUGCAUUUUUGCAGAAUUAGCUAAUGCAGGAAGACCUUUAUUCCCUGGUUCUGAUGUUGAUGAUCAGUUGAGACGAAUAUUUAAACUUCUUGGUACACCUACUGAAGAUACUUGGAGCGGAAUGACUCAACUUCCAGAUUAUAAACCCUUUCCUCUAUACCAACUUAGUAUGAGUUUUACUCAGGUUGUUCCUAAAUUAGGAAGCAGAGGCCGUGAUCUUCUACAACGACUGUUGGUUUGCAACCCCAUGCAGAGACUCUCAGCGGAUGACGCCAUGGCACAUAGAUAUUUCAGUGACCUCAAUCCAGCAAUUAAAAAUGAUCGAUGUUAACUGUAUUUCUUUCGAAUGUGAACAAACUGUGACUUACAAGACAUUUGUGUCUUAGUGAGUGUGAAUGGGAGUAAGAUGUGUCGCGAUGUGUAACCCUCGAUGUAAGUAAAAAAAAUUUGUAUAGCGUGAACGAAUCUACAUACUGUAUAAUCAUAGAUGUUUUUAAACUGGGAGGAGUAGAUCAAAAGAAAAACAGUACUACAGUAACUACAUUAGUAACAAAUGGCUUUAAAAACUAUUUAUGCACCAUGGGCAUUAAGGCGAUAUUUAUGCUGAGGGCGACCGAGUCCGAGGGCCUCCGGCCCAAAGGAUUAUAGGUCGCCCGAGGGUCUAAAUAUAGAGUAACGCCUGACGUGCAUACAAAAUUUUAUUUUUCAUAAUUCCAAAUAAUGUAUUUCCAAUAUACAAAUCGUUAUAGUUAUUUAUUUUUCAUUUGCAUAUUAUGUGCCAAUUAUAUCUGUAAAAUGAGGUAUAUAAAGCAGUCUAUGACGCCUGAGGGCAUAAUGAGAAAAAAUGGAUUGUCCUUUCAUUAUGUCCUCAAACAGCCUGUCAAAUAUAUUGACGGAGUUAUAUUAUGUAAUAAAAAAAGAUGCUACUUGUUUCGUAUGAAGCACUUUAAUGUUGACAAACAAUAAUCAUUACAUUUGUAUAUUGGAAAUGCAUUAUUUGGAACGAUGAAAAAUAAAAUUUUGUAUACACCUCAGGCACUACUCGAUAUUUAACUGUCGGACGACAGAGCCUGAGGGCCUCCUUUUAGUUUAAAAACAAACCUUAGUGAGUGAAUUAUUGUAAAUAGAAUUGUUACAUUUAACUUGUACAUAGCAGUAUGGAAUAUACUAUAUUUAUUACUCUUCAAAGAAAUUAGUUUUCAGUAUUGCAACACUAGUAACGACCUUCAGAUGUGGAUGAAAAUUUUUUUAUAACAAAAUGAUAUACGGAAGUGUGAUUGCAUUUCCUGUAAGCAGGCAAAUGGAUGGUGGGCCAACAGUGGGAAAUUAAAAAUUGAUAGCUGUCGUUACUUUCAUUCAAAAAUCUCAAUAUUGAAAAACUCAGGAGCCUUGAUCACUCCACAAUUCCAAAUAAUUGUUUAACAAAUUUUUAAUUUACACCUGACAAUGGAGUGCUGGAUGUUUACCAUAGACAUAUUAGUAUUAGCAUAUAUCCCUAAACAUAAUUUAACAAAAUAGCACGCACUGUGCAGAUGCGUUCGAUUGAAGCAAGUUACAUAAUUACCUUAAAAGCAAGUAGCAUAUCCCUACGGUUAGGCGACACACCUCGGAACUGAAGAAAAAAAUACAAAACGCUCUGUGUAGACAACAACCAUGAAGGAUUCUACUUUGACCGUUCCACGCAGCUGCCGAAGAACAGGGGAUUUAUAUAACGGAUACUUGGGGGAAAAAGUUGGCGUCGGUUAACGGUAUUCAAAUCUGGAGUAAUGGCGGGCCUAGCGUUAAUUUGGUCUGUUGUGUUUUGAAAAGUAAAUUUACGUUAUUACACUAUUAACCAUUGAAUUCCUACAUCUACUGAAUUAUAUUUGUUAUACUGUGAUUAUGUCUUUAUCUUGUUUUAUUAAGUAUUCCUGUGGAAGUUUAUUAUCGGGUGUGUUAUCGCUUUGAACAAUUCGAUUCAACUAUUUCGCGAAGGAAGUAGGUACCUAAAACAGUCUGAAUCGAUUCUUCUGUUGAUUUUGCACGCCCCCUGCCGGACGGUGCGUAACCAAUAUGAGUAGGGGGUGAGGGGUCCUCUUAUUGAAUGUUUCUGUAUUAUAUUUCGCGAAAGGAAUACCUGAUACAAUUCAAUGAUUCGCUGUACAUGAAAAAGAGGCUCUCUUAUUAACAUUUCUCCUAUUUAUGUAAUUUGGUUGAGAGACAAUGAACUUUAACAUGAAUACUUACUAUUGGUUUUCUCACAUGCACUUUUUGUGUUAAAUUAAUUGAGGUCAAUGCUGGAGUAGAGCGAUACUUUUGAUGUUUCUCAUAUACAUGCAAUUUAUCAUUUUAUGAGUUUUAUCUCAAUUGAUCGUACAUGUGUUUCUGUACUAAAUUGAUUUGUCAUAUUUUCCCCUUUGA